CGGUGAUGUCGUCCCCAUAUUAUUCUUCAAAUCCUCGUCUGGAAAUUCCUCGAAAAUCUCGCUUCUAAAACUAUUUCCAGGACCUCAUUAUUUUUCUAACGUUCGUAAUUCUGUAGCCGCAUCUAUCUUUAUCGUUCGCAAGAACCUGCUUGUCGCGAAGGUGAAGCCAUUUGAUCGCCUGUGAGUCGCAGGUGAGUGACUUCUUGCUUCCAGAUCUAUUAUUUCCUUUGACGUUCAUCGAUCUGUGAGUCGCAGGUGAGUAGACAUACUAAAUAUUUGUACGCAUCUACAUUUCACUUUCACUUUCACAACUUUCACUUUUUAUGUACCAACGUAACACUAAGUUCAUUUCAGCCCCUAUUUACUUACUUGUACAAUUUGUCGAUCGAAUCAUGGCUCAGCUAACCUACGACAUUCUGGUUAUCACGCUUCCCAUCUUCCUGUUCGGUGGUCCGGGGGAGGUCUUUUAUCGUCUCUCCGUCAGGAAACGCACGAGAAAGCGGGAAGAGGAAGAAGCGAAUAAAGCCAAGGCCGCUGCGCUCCUGGAUGAACAUCCAAAGAAUGCACCUGCACAAACGAAUAAAACGGAUCUUCACGCAGAAGGCAGCACAGAAGUCGUUAAAAAUCUGUAUUUAACAUCAGAGACCUGCUCCAUGAGUAUGAAGCCCUGCACCGCUUCUCUGGUCAUCUCAGCGGAAAACCUUUCUUCCGCAAGCACGACCGGGGGCACUGCUGCCUCUUCGCGCCCGGGGGUACCGGAUGUGUUGCUGGAAGUAGAGACAGACGCAGAUGAAGAAGUGGUUCCGACACUAGAUGAAGAGGAUGUUCUUCCAGCAGAUUUAAGCUCUCGUGACAAAGAUCCGAGUUUAACGAGAGAAAAUGAAGAUCAUGUUGCUAUCGCCGUCGAGCCACCUGACGGUAAUAUGAAUGUCGACACUGCUCAGGAGCACGACUAUAAUGCGGCCGCGACCACAGCGUUUGUUGCAGCUUCGCAAGGGACAAAACAACGACAAGAAGCCGGCGAAGUGGUACAGAAGUCUAAGUCAACUGCUGCGGCUCCCCAGCCCGAUCUGAAAAACUGCAAAAACGAAGGAGAUCUUGAUGAUCACCUCGAGGACCAACUGGAAACCCCCCCGCUCCAAUUUGUCGCGCAGUGCGCGAAUGGCUGGACGUGGACCAGUUUUUUUCUGCUCCAGGGCUUCCGCACCGGCGUGCCCCAGGGCUGCCUGCAGAUUUCCACCGGGUUUUUGUGGCUGUUAUCAAAUGUAAAAAUGUCUGGGUCCGGAAGAGUGCGCGAUUUGUCAUGCAGCUUUUCCAUGACCCAUGAGGUCUGGAAUGCAGGACAUUCAUAGCAUGACAGAUUCUGUGCGAUCUCUCUCAUGCCUAUCCUGCAUGAGAAACUUCCUCCCGACUUGGUCAAAACUGGACGGCUUUUGGUAGUCAUGCAACACAGAUUUUUGCAUGCUUCAGAUUUAGCAUGACAAGUUGCAUUCUUCCAGACCCAGACACUUUUACAUUUGAUAGCUGUUUCUCUACUGCAAAUACUACCGGCGGGACUUGUAUGAGAAAGAGUUGAAGCGAUUGUUGCUGUUUUUGAUUCUAUAUCUGUGUUUCGUCACGCUGGUCUUUCUAUGCAUUGCAAAUAUGUCUGGGUCUGGAAGGUGGUAACUUCCUUGUCAUGCUGUUUCUGGACUCGAAAAAAAAUUGUGUUGCAUGACCAGCAAGAGGGGUACAAUUUGUGCUGCACGGACAGGGCAUUUCUCAUGCGGAAGGUGCAUCAGGAAGGGUUCUAAAAAUCUGUGAUGGUAGGGCAUACAUCACAGACAAUCAUGGGUCAUGAGAAAUAUGCAUGACAGAUCUUGCAUUCUCCCAGAUCCAGACACUUUUGCAUUUGAUGCUUCCUCCUCACGGUUUUUCACGACCGCCCGGACGUGUUAUUACAGUGAAAAGUGCCCCCACCCCCGAAUUUGCAAAAGGUUGUCAUGCAAAGUUUCCAAAUGAAAGCUUUUUGUCUUGCAUGAAAGGAUUGCGAGCUUUUCUGAUGCAGAAUCUAGGUGCGCAAGGUGCCUUGUGCAUAACAGAUCCGGAUGCUGUUGGGCCCCUCCGCAACACAAAUUCGCGCUAUUCAGCAUGGAAAAUUUGUGAUCCUGAGAUAUGCAAGACGGGAAGCGUUUCUAUUGGAAAGGUUUGCAAUACAAAUGCUGCCAAGUGUGGGGUGGGGGCAUUUUUCAUUGUAAUACGUGUUCACUUGUCUUUUUGACGGGGGAGGCAACGGCGAGGAGGACCAGGGUGGAAGUACAACUAGCUCUUCUUCUUCUUCUGACAGCGAUCUCUCCGGGAGCAGCCUGUCGGCGAAAGAGCGGAAUGGCGAGGAAACCGUGAUGAUUGACGAGGUAAAAAUUCUGUUUUCCACCCUCGGCGUUUGCACCUUCCUGACCAUGAUGGGCGCGCCGGUUCGGUAUUCCUACCGUGCGUGGCAGGAGAAAAAUCCGCUGUUCAUGGGGUCGGUGUCGCAAAACUGCGCCGGGCUAUUCGUCUGCGGCUUGUGGUUCUACCACGGGAUCCAGUCCGGUCCGAGUCUCUACGUCGCAGGAAUCGUGAACGGAAUCGCAUCCGUGUUCUCGCUGUUUUGCCUGGGGUUGAGGGCGUGGCUGGUUUGGAGCGGUGGAAAUGCUAAAAAUGUGGGUAGAGAGAAAGAGGACGAAAGUAGAGGUGCGAGCAAGGCUGGGCACUCCUGAAAAAGGCCGAAGGUGGUCACUGCUUGUUUUUUAUACGAUGUUGUUUCGUCUUCGUCUUGAAAUCGAAUUUUUGUGCUGAAAUUUCGAAAAGUUGCAAAGUUUGUGACUGAAGAAACAGUUUUCUUCUUGGGAUGAGAAAGAAUUGCAAUGUCAUCGUGAUAAGUACUUCGUACCUCGUUCAU